GGGGGAGGGAGAGGCUGCAGCAGAAAGAAUUGGUGCAGGAUCAGAGGGAAAGCAGUGAGGGGGGGAGACAGUGACAGGGGGCGAGGAGAGACCCCCCAUCCUGCCAUAUUCAUCUGAGGACCCCCCCAAACCCACGCAGCUCCCUCCCCUAGGAGACAUGUCCAGCGAGAAAACAGGUGAGGAGGGUGGGAGAUGGGGAAACGAGAUGAUGGAGAGAAGAUAAGUCUAUAGUGAGACAGGAAAAGGCGAUGGAGGAGGAGGGAGGUUAGGAGAGAUGAAUGAAGAAAAUCUGAGUAGGAGUGCAUGAGAUGAGCCUUGAACAUGUAUCUAUUAUCUGUCAAUAGGACUAGCCAUUUCCAUCUGCUACUCUGACAGUCUAUCUGUGUCUAACGGUCUAUCCAUCCAUCGUCCGUCCAUCAUUUAUUAUUGCAAGUCUCUGCUGAUCUCAUCAGCACCACAGGAGAACUGGUGGUCAGAGGAAGGGCAUAGGGAAAUACGCAGAGAUGCAACAGAGAAGAGAGAGGAUUCAUGGAGGAGACUGGUGAGGAGGGAUUGCAUUAACAGGAGAGGAUUGGGAGAACAUUUAGAGGUUCCAAGAGAAGAUUGGGGGGUAUGGAGGAACCUGGUAAAGUGAGGUAACAUGAGAGGGCUGAGCAGAAUGGAUAACAAUGAUAAAUAGGGGUACCAGAAGAGAAUUGGGGGGAUGGAGGAGAUUUAUGAGGGGAGAUGGAGGUAUCAGGAGAGGAUUGGGGGGAUGGAGGAGACUAGUGAGGGGGGGGGGAGAGAUAUCAGGAGAGGAUUGGGGGGAUGGAAGAGACUAGUGAGGGGAACAAGAGUUACUGGGAGAUGGAGGGGAGUAGUGAGGGGAGAGUGGGGUAUCAAGAAAAGAUUGGGGGGGAUUGAUGAGUCUAGUAAGGGGGGGAGGGUGAAGUUCCAGAAGAGGAAAGGGGUGAUGCAUGAGAGUAGUGAGGGGAGAGUGGGGUACAAGGAGAGGAUUGGAGGGCUGUAGGAGAGUAGUGAGGGGAGAGUGGGUUACAAGGAGAGGAUUAGGGGGAUGGAGGAGAGUAGUGAGGGGAGUGUGAGGUACAAGGAGAGGAUUGGAGGGCUGUAGGAAAGUAGUGAGGGGAGAGUGGGGUACAAGGAGAGGAUUAGGGUGAUGGAGGAAAGUAGUGAGGGGAGAGUGGGUGGAGGUGAAUAGUGAGGGGAGAGUGGGAUACCAGGAGAGGAUUGGGGGGAUGGAGGUAAAUAGUGUUGGGGACAGUGAGGUACCAGGAGAGGAUUGGGGGGAUGAAGGACACUAGUUAAGGAAGAGUGAGGUAAAGAGAGAGGAACGUGGAAUGGAGGAGACUUGUGAGGGGAGAGUGAGGUACCAGGAGAUGGAGGACACUAAUGAGGGAAGAGUGGGGUAACGGGAGAGAAACUUAGAAUGGAGGAGACAUGUAGUCAGGUAAUAGUAGAGAAUUUGAGAAAUAAAGGGGGUAAUGAAGUAAGGUUUUGGGGAGAAAAGGGUGGAACGGAUGGGCAGCCAUUCAUUGCCACCCAGAGCUGGAUGGGCUAAUGCGGAUAACCCAUUCUGUAUUAAUUGAGCGGCAGCAGAGGGGUCAUGCUUUAUGUGCUAGAAGAACCUUGUUUUUUGUCUGACCGUUCAGAUCCAAACACUCUCACUAUAACUACUACAAUGAGCUGUAGUGCUUAUGGUGCCAUGUCACCUUUAUAACAGUUUGUUAAUCUAAUUAGAACCGCAGAUGAAAUUUUAGAUUUGGUUGACAUGAGUGUUUUUCAAAGUAAUUUUACUGAUGAGGAUCGGAGAAAGAGAGGGGGCGGGUGAAGGAGAAGGGGCAGGUUAAAAAAACCAACUUAGAAAGGUCAGCGGCUGGGGAGGUGGAGCAAACAAGAUGACAGAUAAAGAUCAAUUAAAAAGUGGACAAUGGAGAUUUAACCAGCUGGGGAGUCACAGAGAAGGCUGAUACACAUGUAGCAUAAUUAUAAAUCCGUGUCAGUGACCCUGACCCCUAGGGAGAGUUUACGGGUACCUGGAGAUGUGAAUCAUUUUAUGUCCUAUUCAGGUAGCUGGUUUAUGUGUUUUUUUGCAAAAAGAGGUGAUUUCAAUGUAUAUAAUCAAAGUAAAAUAAUGUCCUAACGAUGAUCAGUGAGUGGUAGUCUGUACAGUUUGUUAAUCACAUGUAAAGGGGUUUAUUUACUAAGCAAUAUAUUGAAAUUUGAAUUUUGCGUAUUAUGGAUAUAGAGAAGCAUUGGAGAAUUGUUAUCAGCUUUGUAAUAGGACUUACAUUUUACAAAGUGUGCUUCACAGGGACACUCACCAGAGUACUGAUUUUGUUGCAUAGAUCCUGUCCUUUUUAUCUGUCUUGAUUGUGAAAUAUUGCCAUUUCUAAAAAAAACAGCAAUAUUUACAUUUUGCUUUAACUGUGCCUUUAUUGGCUGUCAGACAGACAUUCUCCUCCUUCAGACGUUUUAUUUCAUGAGAUCUAAUGUUCGACAUCAUCAUCGCGAACAGCAUGAUGAUGCUGAAUGGUGUUAAUGCUUCUCAUGGCCAUUUAUUGGAUUCAAUGCUCUUCUACGAGCAGCAUUGAAUUGGUGGAACUCUGAGAUUGCUGCGCAUGUGUCCUCUCUGACUUCAGAUCCUCUCAAUGAGAAGGAUUGAAUUGGUGGAACUCAGAGAUUGCUGCGCAUGUGUCCUCUCUGACCUCAGAUCCUCUCAAUUAGAAGCAUUGAAUUGGUGGAACUCAGAGAUUGCUGCGCAUGUGUCCUCUCUGACCUCAGAUCCUCUCAAUGAGAAGCAUUGAAUUGGUGGAACUCAGAGAUUGCUGCGCAUGUGUCCUCUCUGACCUCAGAUCCUCUCAAUGAGAAGCAUUGAAUUGGUGGAACUCGGAGAUUGCUGCGCAUGUGUCCUCUCUGACCUCAGAUUCUCUCAAUGAGAAGCAUUGAAUUGGUGGAACUCGGAGAUUGCUGCGCAUGUGUCCUCUCUGACCUCAGAUCCUCUCAAUGAGAAGCAUUGAAUUGGUGGAACUCGGAGAUUGCUGCGCAUGUGUCCUCUCUGACUUCAGAUCCUCUCAAUGAGAAGCAUUGAAUUGGUGGAACUCGGAGAUUGCUGCGCAUGUGUCCUCUCUGACCUCAGAUCCUCUCAAUGAGAAGCAUUGAAUUGGUGGAACUCGGAGAUUGCUGCGCAUGUGUCCUCUCUGACCUCAGAUCCUCUCAAUGAGAAGCAUUGAAUUGGUGGAACUCGGAGAUUGCUGCGCAUGUGUCCUCUCUGACUUCAAAUCCUCUCAAUGAGAAGCAUUGAAUUGGUGGAACUCGGAGAUUGUUGCGCAUGUGUCCUCUCUGACUUCAGAUCCUCUCAAUGAGAAGCAUUGAAUUGGUGGAACUCGGAGAUUGCUGCGCAUGUGUUCUCUGUCCCCAGUGCUUUAUAAACAAUUUUUUUUUUUUUUUACAACAGGCAGUGUGUGGGGUGGGGGUCCAGUACUCUAAACAAGGAACACUCUAACCUUAAAUUAUUAUGUAUAUUUUGUAUAUUUUGUAUAUUUUGUAUUGUUUCUUUAAGUUUACUGUUUAUUAGUUAUUAGGAGAAUAAAAGGGAUUCACAAUAAUAUAUAUUGGGACUAUUUACAAAACUCUGUAUUUGUUGUGGUAAAUUCAAGAAAACGAAUUCAGAGCAAUUUGGGGCAAACAUUUCACAUUUCCUGUACUUUGUAUUGUAUUUAGGUGGUUUGGGGUUUAUUUAUUUGGCAAUUAAAUUGCUCCGAAUCGAAUACGUACGUUUGGGUGAGAUGUCUGACUUAGCAUUUAUAUUGAUAUCAAAAAAUGUUCUAAUAGCAAUCUCUGGACAGAUUUAUAUUUGAUAGCAAAUUUUUCAAUAUGUAGCAUUAUUCAGAGCUCAGUAAAGAACCCCCGCUGAGACAUGCACGCAUUCAUGAACCGCUUGUAUAAUAUCAUGCGACAUAUCUAUCUAUCUCUCUGUCUGUCUGUCUAUCUUGUAUCUAUCUAUCUUGUAUCUAUCUAUCUAGUUGGUCUGUCUGUCUGCCUAUCUAUCUGUAUCUUAAUGAGAGUAAUGUAUGUAAAUGUAUGCUUCUGUAUUUAUAUAUAUAUAUAUAUCUUGUCUUCUGUCAGUUCUCAUGUUAUUUAUCCAGUUUUUGCCCCGGGGAGCACAUUGUGCGGUACAGAGCAUGACAAUGUCCUUUCUCCUCCCUCCCUCCUGUUCUCUCUCUCUCUGUCUCUCUCUCUCACCUUCAAAACCCUAUUUUCUUUCCCCAGGCCCUCCGGACUCCGGACCCCACAACUCACCCCCACCUUAUAACCAGCCUGCGGGGGAUGGACCAUGUAAUGGAGUAAUACCUGGCUAUAAUGACCCUCCACCUCAGCCAUCCAGUGCCACACUCCCCCGCCAGGAUCCCAAGGGAUACCUACAAGAGACCCAAUUUACAGGUCCUCCCCCUACUCCCCAAGGCUAUGUGGUGCAGACUCACACUCAAGGGGGAACGUUACCUGGAGGGGGCUAUGUUCCACAACAAGCAGGCUACCCCAUGCACUUGCAGCCAUGCACAGCGUAUGUACCCGUUUACCCAGUGGGAACGGUAAGUGUCAGCAUUGGAAAUGGAAGAAAGGGUAGGUUGUUAUGGGAAUUGAAUGCAGAUGUAGAGCGGUCACCUAGCAGAUGUGAUAAAGAAUUAUUUUAAAAAUCCUGAAAUAUUUUAUAAAUAUGUUUAGUUUAGGAUGGUAGAGCAUAGGACAUGAUAGUUUAGGACAGCAGAAUGUAGGUCAGGAUAGUUUAGGAGAGUGAAGGAUAGAAUAGGAUAGCUUAGUACAUUAAAGGGACACUAUAGUCACCUGAACAACUUUAGCUAAAUGAAGCAGUUUUGGUGUAUAGAACAUGCCCCUGCAGCCUCACUGCUCAAUCCUCUGCCAUUUAGGAGUUAAAUCCCUUUGUUUAGGAACCCUAGUCACACCUCCCUGCAUGUGACUUGCACAGCCUUCCAUAAACACUUCCUGUAAAGAGAGCCCUUUUUAGGCUUUCUUUAUUGCAAGUUCUGUUUAAUUAAGAUUUUCUUAUCCCCUGCUAUGUUAAUAGCUUGCUAGACCCUGCAAGAGCCUCCUGUAUGUGAUUAAAGUUCAAUUUAGAGAUUGAGAUACAAUUAUUUAAAGGUAAAUUACAUCUGUUUGAAAGUGAAACCAGUUUUUUUUUUCAUGCAGGCUCUGUCAAUCAUAGCCAGGGGAGGUGUGGCUAGGGCUGCAUAAACAGAAACAAAGUGAUUUAACUCCUAAAUGACAAUGAAUUGAGCAGUUAAAUUGCAGGGGAAUAAUCUAUACACUAAAACUGCUUUAUUUAGCUAAAGUAAUUUAGGUGACUAUAGUGUUCCUUUAAAGCAUAGAAUGGGAUUGUUUAGAUCAGUAGACUGUAAGAUGUUUAGGACAAUAGCUUAUAAGAUAGGCUAGUUUAAGACAGAACAGCGUAGAACACUAUAGUGUAUACUGCUGAGAGCAGUAGAGUGUAGACUGGGAUAGUUUAGGACAGUAGAGUGUAGACUGGGAUAGUUUAGGACAGCAGAGUGUAGACUAGGAUAGUUUAGGGUGGUAGAGUGUAGACUAGGAUAGUUUAGGUCAAUGAGUGUAGACUAGGAUAGUUUAGGGUAGUAGAGUGUAGACUAGGAUAAUUUAGGACAGUGAGUGUAGACUAGGAAAGUUUAGGACAGUAGAGUGCAGGAUAGGAUAGUUUAGGACAGUGAGUGUAGACUAGGAAAGUUUAGGACAAUGAGUGUAGACUAGGAUAGUUUAGGAUAGUGAGUGUAGACUAAGAUAGUUUAGGACAGUGAGUGUAGACUAGGAAAGUUUAGGCUGGUAGAGUGUAGACUAGGAUAGUUUAGGACAGUGAGUGUAGACUGGGAUAGUUUAGGUUGGUAGAGUGUAGACUUGGAUAGAUUAGGACAGUGAGUGUAGACUAGUAUAGUUUAGGGUAGUAGAGUGUAGACUAGUAUAGUUUAGGACAGUGAGUGUAGACUGGGAUAGUUUAGGACAGCAGAGUGUAGACUAGGAUAGUUUAGGACAGUAGAGUGUAGACUAGGAUAGUUUAGGGUGGUAGAGUGUAGACUAGGAUAGUUUAGGGUAGUAGAGUGUAGACUUGGAUAGAGUGUUAGGGUAGGGUAGAGUGUAGACUAGGAUAGUUUAGGGUAGUAGAGUGUAGACUUGGAUAGAUUAGGGUAGUAGAGUGUAGACCAGGAUAGUUUAGGGUGGUAGAGUGUAGACUAGGAUAGUUUAGGGUAGUAGAGUGUAGACUUAGGGUAGUAGAGUGUAGACUAGGAUAGUUUAGGGUGGUAGAGUGUAGACUAGGAUAGUUUAGGGUAGUAGAGUGUAGACUUGGAUAGAUUAGGGUAGUAGAGUGUAGACAGGAUAGUUUAGGGUGGUAGAGUGUAGACUAGGAUAGUUUAGGACAGUAGAGUGUAGGAAAUUAGAGAGCAGCCCUCAUUCUUUCCUUCUUCUUUCUUCCCAAUCAGCAAUAUCCGGCAGGAUCUGUACCACCUCAGCCUGGAAUGCCACCUCCACAAAUUCCCCCUGGACUGGCCCUCUUAGAGCCACGACGUCCCCCUCAUGACUACCUGCCUAUCGCUGUUCUCACCACCAUCUGCUGCUUCUGGCCCACUGGAGUCUUUGCGAUUAUAAAAGCAGUUCAGGUGAGACAUAGCUGAUUCAAUGACCCCUUGGACUUAUCUACUAUGCAGUGGGAGGGGACAGACUUGUAGCUCAUUCUGUCUGUGUCACUGUGUCACCCUGCAGGGGGAGGGGACAGACUUGUAACUCUAUUCUGUCUGUGUCACUGUGUCACCCUCCAGGGGGAGGGGAAAGACUUGUAGGUCAUUCUGUCUGUGUCACUGUGUCCCCCUGCAGGGGGAGGGGAAAGACUUGUAACUCAUUCUGUCUGUGUCACUGUGUCCCCCUGCAGGGGGAGGGGACAGACUUGUAACUCAUUCUGUCUGUGUCACUGUGUCACCCUGCAGGGGGAGGGACAGACUUGUAACUCAUUCUGUCUGUGUCACUGUGUCACCCUGCAGGGGGAGGGGACAGACUUGUAGCUCAUUCUGUCUGUGUCACUGUGUCACCCUGCAGGGGGAGGGGACAGACUUGUAACUCUAUUCUGUCCGUGUCACUGUGUCACCCUGCAGGGGGAGGGGACAGACUUGUAACUCUAUUCUGUCCGUGUCACUGUGUCACCCUGCAGGGGGAGGGGAAAGACUUGUAGCUCAUUCUGUCUGUGUCACUGUGUCCCCCUGCAGGGGGAGGGGACAGACUUGUAACUCAUUCUGUCUGUGUCACUGUGUCACCCUGCAGGGGGAGGGACAGACUUGUUGCUCCAUCUAUCUGUGUGAAAAUGAAGAUUUUCAGAUAAUCAGUUAAUUGGUAACAUUUCUAGCCUGAGAUUGAACACAUAUAAUGUAGAGCAAGCAUGUCAAACAUGUGGCACGCGGAACUGGAGGGUGGACGGCUCAUCAUAAGGUAGAGGAAGGGGAGUUUGGGAAACCUUCCUGUGUAGUGUGUUCAAUUGGGGAGGGUGGCAGUGUAUUAAUUUGGGGGAGGGAGUGGGCAAUGUAUUAAUUUGAGGGAGAGAGGGGUCCAGUGUAUUAAAUUGGGGUGUGUAUUAAUUUGGGGGAGGAAGUGGGGCAGUGUAUUCGAUUGAUGGGAGGGGCAGUGUUUUAAAUUGGGGAGGGAGGGGGCAGUGUAUUUAAUUGGGGGGAGGGCAGUGUAUUCAAUUAGAGUGGAAUUGAUUGUAUUAGAUUAAGGGGUAGUGUAUUGGAUUUGUGGGCAGUGUAUUAGAUUGGGUCUGCAUGGAGGCACUGAACACUCCCCAUGGAGAUGCUGAUUGGCCGCGUAGCUUUUUCCCACACAUGCACAAUAGCCUCCCAUGGGAUUGGCUGAGAUCAUCAAGUUUGAUGAUCUCAGCCAAAGUGAAGAACACAAAAUCAAUAAGUUAACGUAAUUUAAGUGUACAUUCACCAUUUCAGUCCCAUUACCAAACUUUUCUUAAUAUGUCAAGGUAGUUGGACUGAAACAUUGGUUAUACGCAAAUGCGCGAGUCGUUAAAAUAAAUUUGCUCUUUUGUUUACUUUGAAGCCCUACGAGCGCGAGGACAUCCAGUGUCAGGCAACUUUUUUUAUACUGUACUUUUCUAAAUACACCUAAGUUUCUAUGAAAACUGAAGUUGUUUUUUUUUUGGCCCACGUAAACUUAAACCUUGUUUAUUUGGCCCGUAUUAGUCUUUGAGUUUGACAUGCUUGAUGUAGAGUCUAUGAGACUCAGUUCUUAACUGAUUGUUUACCAAGAAACUUUGUUUGAUCUGUGGAUCAUUUACAGUGGUUAUGGUUGCAUUUUAGUGAUAGACAGAUAGACAGAUAGCAGGCAUGUUUAUAGGUAUUCUUGGUAUUUAAAUUAAACCAUCAUCAAAAACAUGUGGAUCCAUUAUCUUUAAAAACAAGUCGAUGACAAGCAGCUUUGGGUAGAUAAAUAAAUAUCAUCAAUGCCUUGUGUCAGCAGAUAGCAAAUGAAACAAUUCAAUACAUUGUUUACCUCCUCCAAAACCCAAAGAUGGACUGCAGUGGCGGUAUUCGCAAUUCUGAACUGAGUUUGGUAAAAUAAUUAGCAUUCCAUUUGUCAAAAGAAUCCUCCAAACACCAUAACCACAACAGGAUACUGCAGUGGUAAUGGUGCAUGGGGUUUCUUUUAAUUCCAUUUAAUCACAAGUCGCAAUGUGAUUGUCAUUGCGCUUUGCAGUGAGCGUUGCGUCUUUUGUAAUAAAUGUGUCAUUUUCUUUUGGUUUUGUAAGUAUUGUUAGUGUUUGUCUUAUUAUAAAAUCUAAUUAAUCUAUCAGUCUGAUUGCACAUACUAAGCAAUUCCUGCUUUUAAAAAGUCAGACAUGUAGGGAAUGAAUGGGGAUUCCAGUCAUAUUUCUUUUUUUGUCUGUUUUUCACAAGAUUUACCAUAAUUGUGUUUUUAUCAUAUAUAACGUGGAAUGCUAAGCCCCAUAACAUCCGCAGCUUGUUAUAGUUAUGGUACAAGGAGUCUUGGGUUGCUAUCCCUGCGGUUUAUGUCAGAUUUUGUUUGAGCUGUUUGAUGGAAACAGGGUUCUCUGGGCACCUAAAUCUUCUCUGCUGCGCGUCGGCUAACGCAGAAAUAAAUGCACACGGAUAUGUGUUAGGCAGGGAGUGCUAGCUGUGCGUUAACCCAGGGUUCACAGCCUAUUGUUGCCAUAAUAGCUUAGGAGAGCCCUAUUCUUCUGGCACAACCAGAACUCUGGAAUGUGUUUAUUAGAUGAAAGUCGUUUUCCAACAACGAUUCGAUUAGAUGAGAUAAGCUAUUGUAAUUGAAGAGCAAUUUUCCAUUUGACUUCUAUGGGGAAAAAAAGCUAUUUAAUUACAAAAGACAUAAUAGAAUCUAGCCCAGUGUGUUUAAUUGUAUCCAUUAGUCUUUCUGUUUUAUUUAUUUAGUUUUAUAAAUAAUGGCAUUUAAUAGCUACAGUUUCAGUGCAGGUUCUUUGGACCUGCAUAGUUUGUUAAAAGCAACUUUUUUUUAGGUAUAACGAGUAGCGAUAGCAUUCAAAAAGGACAUAGCUACUUAUAUCCACUUCUUUAGCCCCCCCCACUUCAGCCCCAAUAUAUGCAUUAAAGUCCCAGGGACUGAAGCAGUUAGGUUCUGUCCAUUUAUCCCUUCCUCCCAGUAGUAGAAGCAGGGACACUUUCACUGCUGGUAACAGCGAAGCCCGGAUAUAAUCUGCAUGUUCCUCCUAUAAGCAAAGGCCAAAAUGAUUGGUUCCACGCUAACCAGUUGGCUGCUUGAAGCCUCAGUUGAGCACUAUGUAUAUCUAUGGCAUUCAGCCUGGCUGCACUCUCACGAGCAGCUCAGUGACGUCAACUGAGAAAUGGGCUGCAUUCACAGAGUGCUAACGGUGUGCUCUGCACUGUGCAUACGGAUGUUAAUUUGGAGAAUCUCUCUGCUGAUGUAUUAGGUUGUGGAGGGGUUAGAUUUAGUAUGGGAGUGGGCAGGGCUGGAUUAACAUAGGGGCUAAUGGAGCUGAAGCUCCAGUCCCAUUGAUUAAAAAUGCAUUCACUCUGACUGACCUUCCAAUUCUUCGGGCAGACCUGUCCCCUUUCCAGGUGUGACUGCCCCUUUGCGCGGUGCUAGUGGGACAUGAUUGGCACUGUAUUAAAUAUUUUUUUCACCAAUAAAUAUGAAUAAAGAAAAAACAGGGUAUAUUUACCUCACAGUCAUAUAAAGACUAGAAGUAAAGAAAUAUAUAAGGGUUACACAGGCCAGGAGUAGAGCUUCCUUGGGGAGAUAUCCGGAGUUUUUCAGCCCUUGGGACACCGAUGUGUUUUACACAAUUUGAUUGUGCUUUUUACUUGUCAGUGUGUGUAUAUACAUAUGUUUUUAAAUUGGUUUAAAUUAAAAUACUACACUAUAUACGUUAAUCUAGUCUUUAUAUAUGAGAAUUGUGGUUAUACACCACUUCCUGUGAGGUAAAUAUACAGUUUUUAUUUAUUCACAUUUGCACCCAGGAUGGGUGCAGUGGGAUGCAUUAAACUAUUUGGGGGUCCAGAAAUGGCCUGAAUGACAGUACCAAGAGAGCCCUGUUUUAGAACUUAAUCCCAGAACUGAUUUUACUUACUGAACCCCCAGUGUCUGCUUUGAAAGCAAUGGACAGAACCAAAGAUCCUGUCUUUGUUAUCAUGUCACUGUCUUACUAUGUCACUGUAUCCAUGUCAGUGUUACUAUGUCUCUCUGUUACCAUGUCACUGUUACCAUGUCACUCUCUUACUAUGUCACUGUAUCCAUGUCAGUGUUACUAUGUCUCUCUGUUACCAUGUCACUGUUACCAUGUCACUGUCUUACUAUGUCACUGUAUCCAUGUCAGUGUUACUAUGUCUCUCUGUUACCAUGUCACUGUUACCAUGUCACUCUCUUACUAUGUCACUGUAUCCAUGUCAGUGUUACUAUGUCUCUCUGUUACCAUGUCACUGUUACCAUGUCACUCUCUUACUAUGUCACUGUAUCCAUGUCAGUGUUACUACGUCUCUCUGUUACCAUGUCACUGUUACCAUGUCACUCUCUUACUAUGUCACUGUAUCCAUGUCAGUGUUACUAUGUCUCUCUGUUACCAUGUCACUGUUACCAUGUCACUCUCUUACUAUGUGUCAAGGCAGUGUUAUUUACCUGGCUAACGAGACAUCAAUAUCAGGUGUACCAGGAGUAAUAGGAGUAAUACCAAUACUUGUUCAGCCCCCAGUGCUGGAUACAUGACAGGGCUAGAUACUAACAUACUGAAGCUAAAUGGUGGCUCAGAGGUAACAUAGCAGCCCCAGGAUGGCAAAGUACCCAGGUUCAAAUCUGCUACUGGGCAUUCCUGGGGCAACCUUAUUUGGCAUUCCUGAAGUUACAGUGGGAACCAUGACAGUACCCCCUCCUCAAAGCUGCUGUUAGGUGAAACGAUAAAAAGCAACUACAGCCCAAGAGGUCACUUUUUAGAUUUCUUGGUCCUGGCGUUGCCAGCAGGAGCGAAGGACAUAGCUUGAGUGGUCUUGAUGGCUAGAAGUGCCCUUUCAAAGUCAUGCAAAUUUGCAUUUUCAGGUACUACUGGAGAGAGGUUAAGGUUGGCAAUGGAUUUGGUGCAAGCGGCAAGUACCUUGAUCCCAGGAGUAUUAUUCUCUUGCAGCUUCUGGUAUGCCCAGGCCUUAAUCCAUCCAGAAAGUACAACUGAUAGCAGAACGGACCUUGAUAAAGUCAGUGACGUAGGUUCUGGGUUUCAAGGAAACAAGAGUUCACAGUCCAUCUUGAAGAUCGAGAAAGUGGAACGGGAACCGUCGAACCUGUCAGGCAGUAUGACAUAGGGUUCUGGAUAAGCAGGAUCCUGGGCUGGGCGUACUGUGCCUUUAAGAAAUAAAAUUUCUCGCUGCAGCUCCGAAACAAUCUGGGCCAGGCUGGACACUUCCUGGGACAGGAGUGAGCACAUCUCUGCGGACUCCAUAUGGUCAGUUCCUUAUGUCACGGCUUACCUGAGUUGGGAGUCCGUCAGCCAGAGAUAUGUGCUUACCCUUGCAAGUAAAUACAGGCCGAGGUGGUCAGGUAAGAAUUCACCUGGCCUGUGAGUCGGUGCACGGGGGCUGUGCAGGAUAAUUCUCCAAGUCGCAGUACAGGAACGGAUAAAGCAGGAGAAUCGUUGUGGGUAAGCCAGAGGUCAGAGGAUGCCAGAAAUCAGAAUAAACGAAACAACAAGCCAAGGUCAAGAGUAAACUGGAGAACACGAAACAGCAGUAUGAUCUCCAGAGUCAAGGAACUGACACUGCCUUCUGGUAGAAGCAGUGUUAUAUACCUGGCUAACGAGACAUCAAUAUCAGGCGUACCAGGAGUAAUAGUACCCAGGUUCAAAUCCGCUACUGGGCACUCCAAAGUACCCAGGUUCAAAUCCGCUUCUGGGCACUCCUGGGGCAACCUCCGGAAGUUACGUUGGGAACCGUGACACUAUGUCACUGUAUCCAUGUCAGUGUUACUACGUCUCUGUUACCAUGUCAGUGUUACUAUGUCUCUCUGUUACCAUGUCAUUGUCACCAUGUUUCUGUUAUUAUGUCUCUCUGUUACCAUGUCAUUGUUACCAUGUCACCUGUGGGACAGACUUGAAGCUCUUGUCUAUGUGAUUUCCUUACAGGUCAGGACGGCUCUGGCUCGCGGUGACAUUAUGUCAGCAGAGAUAGCUUCUCGAGAAGCUCGGAACUUCUCCUUCAUCAGUUUGGCAGUGGGAAUUGCUGCCAUGGUCUUGUGUACUAUUCUCACCGUGGUCAUCAUCAUCGCUGCUCAGCACCAUGACAAUGAGUGGGGGCCAUGAGUUAUCCAUCGUGGCAAAAGGAGAGCGGAAAGAUGUGCCAAGACCUCCAAAUAUUCCUAAUUCUCUCACUCUCUUUCCAUUUCAUAUUUUCCCCCCCAUUUCAAUUUCUUUACCUCUCCUUUCACAUCUCUCUCUCGUCUUUUCUUCAUUGCAUCUCUUUUCACUCUAGAUAUUUUAUUAUUUUCUUUCCCAACCGGUUCUAUCAUUUUAUAUAUUUUCUAUCUCCCAUUAAUUAUUUUCCUUACAUUAAACUUUCUUUCCCCUUAUACCUUGUCUAUUCUUCUAACUUUGCACCUAUUCUUUUGUAUCUUCCACUUGCUCCCUACCUGCACAUUUACCCUUCAGCCCAUGACUUCUCCUUGGUAUAACAAGUAAUACAGGUGCCACCUUGGGGUAUUACAGGGACACUAGAUGAUUAUUAUAGAAGUAUUAUUGGGGCUGUGAGAGUAUUAUGGGAGUAUCUUUCAUCUUUGUUUUAAUGAGACCGAGUGCCAAAAAAAUGGGCCAUGAUAUAUGUGGGUUUGGGGAGAAGCCACAAAAUGGUACAGAUUUUGAGAAAUCAGACAAAGAAUGCGUUAGGCGGACUGUGAGAAUGCUGAUUAAUGAAAGAGGAUGGGAAGGAUAGUGAGCUAUGAGUGAGUGAGAAAAAACAAAAGAUAUUUUUAGAAGUAAUAAUCAUUGUACGUGUGUGAGAUUCACAAUUUGAAGGAAAUAGUGUGUUAGACAGCCAUACAGAAAUUAUUAGAUAGAGAGAGGACUGAUUUUAUCAAGUGAUCAAAACACUCUCCAAUAUUUCACAAAGUCCUCUAGUCAAGCGGUUAGACGUCUCAACCCUUGAUAUUAAACAACAAGAGGAAAGCAACGAUUUGGGAUGUUUUGAGUGUUCUUUCUCAUAGUUUCGUACAGGUAGAUUAUUCAGAAACAAUGCAAAAGAUAAAGGCGAUAGCGGGGCUAUUGUCAUAGCGUGAUAUACAAGGGUUGCUGUAACCCCUGGUAAAUGUCUGAGAAAGUCUCCUGCUGCAUUAAUUGUUAAUUACACUCCCACCAUUCACUAAUGAAUUUUAUUUAAUGUUGUAUUGCGUGAGGUCCUGUCUACAGUGUGAUCGAGAACGUGAUCAUUUUCUGAGAGGGUAACUAUGAAUGUUACAACGCUGAGUAAUAUUUCAUGUUGACUGGUAGGAUUUUAAUUAACACUUUCCCUUGCUUCUACUAUAUGUGCUGAUAGCCAAAAUAUCUAAGGGUAAAACUGAGGGAGUUAGGACUAAAAAAAGGAAAUUAUUGUGAUAGGGAACUAUCUAAAAUAACUAGAUGAAAAGUUGGACAGUCAUCUGGAGAUAUUUAUAAAGUUUCUGGGGAAAACAUGGAGCAACCUGCAGGAACAUUUCGGUGGUUUCCAUGGAAACUGCUCCAUCCUGAAUUUCGCUGUCUGGUUAUUCUUCAUAAAUAACUUCUAUAGCGUGCUGGGGUGCAAUACAGAAAGAUGGCUGGUGGGCGCAAUAAACAGAACUUGGGAGACCGUUCAUAUAUACGUGACUUGAGACUGUGUGUUAAAGACGAAGCUUCUAUAUUUAAGCACAGUGUUAUAUUGGGUGGGAGGGGUGGGGGUUCUUAUCUCUGUGAUAUACAAAUUAUUUAUUGUUCUAAGUAAUAUUCUCCUGAUUAACAACUUAUUUAUUUAUUGGUUGGAAGGAUGCAUUGUGGGUAUUUAUUCAUUAGCGUUUGGAAUGAUAAUUUAGCUGCAUUAUCUAUAAUAAAACAGAAAUUUAUUGAAA